AUGUGUGACCCGCACAAAGGACUUUAUUGUGACUACAGCAGGGACAUGCCUAGGUAUGAAGUAGGUGUCUGCGGACAGAUGACAGGAGUAGGUUGUGUUCUCAAUGGUGUACGCUAUGUAAACAUGCAGAGCUUCCAACCAAACUGCAAGUACAACUGCACAUGUCUGGAUGGUGCCGUGGGUUGCGUUCCCCUCUGCGUAAACUCCCGUCCACCUCUCGUCUGGUGUCAGAACCCCAAGCGGAUUAAGCUGGCAGGAAAAUGUUGUGAACAAUGGGUUUGUGACGACUCCAAGAGGUUCCGAAAAGCUACUCCCCGCCAUAUUGCUUCUCCUGUUUAUCGUGAAGAAAGUGAAACCUGGCAGAAGAACUGCAUCACCCAAACAACUCCUUGGAGCCCAUGUUCUAAGACGUGUGGAAUGGGGAUAUCUACGCGCAUCUCAAACGAUAAUGACAGGUGUAAACUCCAUACAGAGAGCCGCCUGUGCAACCUGAGACCCUGUGAGGUGGACAUCACACAGCACUUCCGGGCGGGCAAAAAAUGCUUAGCAGUGUAUCGCGAACCAGAAUCGAAGAACUUCACAAUCUCAGGCUGCAUAAGCAGAAGAGCCUACAGACCCAAAUACUGCGGAGUGUGCACUGAUGACCGGUGCUGCACACCCUACAAAUCCAAAACCAUCAAAGUCCAUUACGACUGCCCCGACGGCACCAACGUGACCUGGAAUGUCAUGUGGAUUAAUGCUUGCUUCUGUAACCUCGGCUGCAAAAAGAUUAAUGACAUUUUUUCAGAGCUGGUGAGCUAUCACGAUUAUACCGAAAUAGUGAACUGA